AUGCAUGUGUAUGACCCUCCCAUCCCACCGGACCAGACUUUCUCACAAGGUUACUGGAGUGCUGUCAUCGCCGCCGUUCUCUACUUCAUUCUUGACUCCAUGUUGAUGAUCAAUCUGGUAGGCUACGUCCUUGGGCAUUACCCGCAACAUUUUGCUCUCACGGACGACCAGCGGACCUUGAUCCUACAGACCACGGCGUUUAUGGUCUGGUUGGCAGUUGGCGCGGCCGUCUUUCAACGCGUUAUGGAUAUCUCCUUCGCCGAUGCUCUUUAUUUUUCAGACGUCACGGUGCUGACGUUGGGGUUCGGUGACAUCACGGCCCAAAACAGCGUCGGAAAGGGCCUGGUCUUCCCCUAUGCAGUGAUUGGGAUCGUUAUCCUUGGUUUGGUGGUUGCGAGCAUCAGCAGGUUUACGAGAGAGCUGACUGAUGACAAUGUCAUCAAGACUCAUCUCCAGCGUAAGCGCGUCAAGGUUGUGGAGCGAUCAGUAACAAUCCCAUUGGACCCGGAAAAAGGGUCAAAUGAUGAAGUACGCCGUAGAGCCGGAUUCCGACGCCACAGAGAUUGCUCCCGAGAAAGGACAGGAAAGCAACCACUACGGUCAGUGGUUAGCGCCUCCCUUUCGGGAGCCAAGAACAAAACACUAGUGAUGAGGGAAGAAAAGGAUCGAUUCGAUGCGAUGCGGGCCAUUCAGUAUGAGACGCUUCGUUUCCGCCGCUGGACAUCCCUGAUCUUCAGUCUCAUUGCUUACGGCAUUGUCUGGUGCUGUGGAGCCGCCGUCUUCUGGAGUCUGGAGUCUUUGAAUUAUUUUGAUGCGCUGUAUUUCACGUUCUGCUCUCUGCUGACAGUCGGGUACGGCGAUAUCACGCCGAAGUCUAACCCUGGGCGGCCGUUUUUUAUAGUCUGGUCUCUGAUCGCAGUGCCGACUAUGACGAUCCUCAUUUCGAAAAUGAGCGAUACCGUGAUGGAGAGUUUCAAUAAUGCCACGAAAUGGGUUGCUGAAUUCACCGUCCUCCCGGAAAGCGGAAGAUACAGGGAGUUUGUUCACAAGCACCCGAUUCUCUAUAACCUGUUGCUGCGACGAACGCAAGCCAAGCGCAUCGCGCGGGGAUUUCGUGUUGGUGUCUACGAUGACGACCAUCGUGCGGAUAAUGCUAAUGACGACUCCGAUCGCGACCAUCCACCACGAACUUUGGAGGAACUAGCGAGCCAGCGAGUUCCCUCCCGCCGGCAGCUGGCUCGGGAGCUGGCCUUUGCGAUUCGGAGGGUAGCAAAGGAUAUCCGUAAGGGAGGGAUCAAGCGCUACUGCUACGAAGAAUGGGUUGAGUUCACGCGACUGAUCCGGUUCACGGACCCGAGUCGGAGCCAAUCGCAAUCCAUCGAGCUCGACGAGAACGAGUAUGGCCUGAUCCAGUGGGAUUGGAUCGGAGAAGACAGCCCGAUGCUGGCAGAGGAGACGGAGCCGGAAUGGGUGCUGAACCGGCUGUGUGAAAGUCUGCUACGAUACAUGGCGAGCGGGGACAACAUCAAUCCGGCAGGCCAGAACGACGGUGUCGACGACGACGAGGAGUCGGAAGAGCCGGUCCUCAGGAAACAGCGAGACAUUGGACUGGAAGAAGAAGAAAAAGACAACUCCUCGUCGUCGUUUCCAGACCUGAAACCCCAAUCCGCUGCCGGCAGCGGUUGCGGCAAGGUUGAUGACGAUGAUACGCCAGCAGAGACUAAAGACACUGUCGGCGAGACCAAGAUCAGUUUGGCGCCUUCGACUCUGUCUUCUACUUCUUCCACAUAUCGGCCCGUUUCCAACGAUGGAAAUGCGAUGAGAAAGACAACCCCAUCUGCUCCAUAG